AUGACCAUAGUUGACAGAUCUUCAGAAAAGUCUGACCACGAGUCAGCCGGACUCGGACCUGGAGCUGCUGUGUACAACAGUACACCCUCCUCUGAGGACCAGCCCAAGGACCAAGGGGCUGGUCCUCAGAGUACACCCUCCUCUGAGGACCAGCCCAAGGACCAAGGGGCUGGUCCUCAGAGUACACCCUCCUCUGAGGACCAGCCCAAGGACCAAGUGAUCAGCAGUGGCGAUGGAAUUGACUUGCCCCAGAAGGUGCUGUUCUCACCAGAUCGGCUCAGCCUAAAUUGGGCCCAGGUUCACCUCAUUGGUGCAGGCCUCCAGAACAUGGGGAACACCUGCUUCCUCAACUCAGCCCUGCAGUGUCUCAGCUACACCCCUCCUUUAGCAAACUACAUGCUGACGCGGGAGCACUCCAAAACAUGUCAUGAGCCAGGGUUCUGUAUGAUGUGUACCAUGCAAAACCACAUCAUUCAGGUUUUUACCAACUCUGGGAAUGUCAUUAAGCCCAUUGGUGUACUCAAUGAGCUUGGGUGGAUUGCAAACCACUUCUGCUAUGGAAGCCAGGAAGAUGCUCAUGAAUUCCUGCGGUGCACAGUGGAUGCUAUGCAAAGGUCCUGCUUACCUGGAACCAAAUUGGACAGGCAAACGCAGGCAACCUCUUUCAUCCAUCAAGUGUUUGGCGGGUACCUAAGAUCCAGAGUUAAAUGUUUAAACUGCAAAGCUGUCUCAGAUACAUUUGACCCUUUUCUGGAUGUCACUCUGGAAAUUAAGACUGCUCCAAAUGUCUCCAAAGCUCUGGAGCAGUUUGUCAAGCCAGAACAGCUGGGUGGUGAAAAUGCUUAUAAAUGCACCAAGUGCAACAAAAUGGUAACGGCCUCAAAAAGAUUUACAAUCCAUCGCAGCGCCAAUGUGCUCACCAUCUCACUCAAACGCUUUGCAGACUUCAGUGGAGGCAAAAUCACAAAGGAUGUGAAGUAUUUGGAGCAUCUGGAUCUGCGGCCCUUCAUGUCGCAGUCCCACGGGGAGCCCCAGCUCUACAGGCUGUAUGCUGUGCUGGUUCACUCUGGAUUGAGUUGUCAUACUGGACACUAUUUCUGCUAUAUUAAGGCCAGCAAUGAGCAGUGGUUUCAGAUGAAUGACUCGUCCGUGUCAGUCAGUGACAUUAGCACUGUUCUCAACCAGCAGGCCUAUGUCCUCUUCUACAUCAAGUGCACAGAUGUGGGAAAAACUGGGGACUACAGCCACUUGAACCAUAACGCUGGCAUAUCUGGUCAGGCAUCUCCCCAGCCGGUGGUGAGCCCACGCACCAUCACCACCAUGCCUCACAACAGUGUUGGCUUCAUAGGUCCCCAGCUGCCACCACACAUGAACAAGAUUGCUGAGGUGAUUGAUGAUCGACCUGAGGAAGUGAAACAGAUGGAAGUUUUUAGGACCAGCAACAGAUGGAAAGCAAUUGGAGUGGAUCAAAAUGAUGACACAGAGGAAGGAAAUGGAAAAGAACAUCAAAAUACAGAGGCUGGCUCAUUAAGCAGAGGUCUACAUGACUCACCCGAGUUGUCUUCAAAGAGAAGAGGACAGGAUUCUCCUGUCAAAAAGACCCGGCAUGACUCUCCAGACAUCUCUCCACCAAAGAGAAGUCGGAAGUACUCUCCGGAUGUCUCUCCUCACAGGACAAGACGUCACGACUCUCCUGAUGUCUCUCCUCCCAGGAGAAGACGUCAUGACUCUCCAGAUGUCUCUCCUCCCAGGACAAGACGUCACGACUCUCCUGAUGUCUCUCCUCCCAGGACUAGACCUCACGACUCUCCAGAUGUCUCUCCUCCCAGGAGAAGACGUCAUGACUCUCCAGAUGUCUCUCCUCCCAGGACAAGACGUCACGACUCUCCUGAUGUCUCUCCUCCCAGGACUAGACCUCACGACUCUCCAGAUGUCUCUCCUCCCAGGAGAAGACGUCAUGACUCUCCAGAUGUCUCUCCUCCCAGGACAAGACGUCACGACUCUCCUGAUGUCUCUCCUCCCAGGACUAGACCUCACGACUCUCCAGAUGUCUCUCCUCCCAGGAGAAGACGUCAUGACUCUCCAGAUGUCUCUCCUCCCAGGACAAGACGUCACGACUCUCCUGAUGUCUCUCCUCCCAGGACUAGACCUCACGACUCUCCAGAUGUCUCUCCUCCCAGGAGAAGACGUCAUGACUCUCCAGAUGUCUCUCCUCCCAGGACAAGACGUCACGACUCUCCUGAUGUCUCUCCUCCCAGGACUAGACCUCACGACUCUCCAGAUGUCUCUCCUCCCAGGAGAAGACGUCAUGACUCUGACUAG